UGAGGAUGUCAAUUCAGUACGGGGAAGUCUUUUCUCCGAUGAACACGUGACUUUAGUGGUGUCGGCACACGUCAAAGACGAAGUGCAUUCAAAUCGGAAAAGACGUUUUUCUUGAGAUCAGCUUUUGAUUAAUUUUUAAGACGCGCGUGAUUUGAAAAAAAAAAAUUAGUUAAGUGACAUUUAGGUGGAUAUUUUUUUUUUGUUGGUGACUCGUGAAAAUUCAAGAAUGACUAUUAUCGUUUCAAAGACUGUGAUUGUUGAUGUUAUUAAUUGAACAGUGAAUGAUGUGCUUCAAUAAACUGAUGUUGAUAAUGAUGAUCACCAAAAAAAACUGCGAUGAUUGAAAAUUUGGAUUGAUUAAACUGAUAGAAUUUUCGCUGAUAAGCUGAUACGGGAAGUUAUCCAAACUGGCCGAGUUGGAAGAAAGAUUGGUCUUAAUGCAGCCAACAACGGCUGCUAACGUGCCUCCAAGCGGUGGAGAAAUGGACCUCCAAACGAUGCAAAGUAUGGAAUGGCUAUUCAAGAAGGAGAAGAUUUAUUUGUUGGCUCAGUUUUGGCAACAGAGGGCAACUUUAGCUGAAAAAGAAUUGACAACGUUAAAAGAACAACUCUCGGGCAAUAAUGGAACAAAUAAUUGUGAGAAUAAGGAUACAUCGAAUAUGGACCGGCAAAGUUUCGAGUCCGAAAUCGCCACCAAAGACAAAGAAAUAAACCAACUCCUCGAAGAAGUGCAAAGGCUGCAAGGUUGCAUCAGCAAAAUCCAAGAAUCGUCCAUUACCCAAAUCACUAGGCUAGAAGAGCAAUUAGAACGUAAACGACAGCAUAUAGUAAGACUAGAAUCGAAAUUAGAAUUUCAAAAAGAUUAUGACGAGCUAAAAAGACAAGUCAAAAUAUUGAAAUCUGACUUGGUUAAUAAUCCUCAGGGAAAGGAUAUUGAGCUUUUGCUUGAGAAGACGAAAAUCCAAGUUCACGAGCCAAGAGAUAAGAGUCCCUCGAGAGAAAGUGAAGGGGUGACGGAUCAUCAAUCGACACUCCAACUUCCAACCUUACCAAUAACACCUCCCACAACCCUUCCGCAUCCUUUUCAAAACGUAGACGCUUUCGGCAGUCUUUUGGGCGAGGAGAUCGUGUCCUCGUGGAGGAAAAACAUUGAAUCUCACAUCAAAUCACCUUCUACAGAUGGCUUAGCAAAAAGUACAACACCUCUACUCGAAUCCAAUGCGGAGAAGAGCAGUACCGCUUCGACGCCACAACCCAUGGAAACUACAAGCCAGCAUAGCCCCCACGAAAACUUAGUGAUGGUGAAUGGAAAUCCGAAAAGCCCUCACGAAGACAACAAUAAUCACAAUAAUCACAACAACAACAUUCCUCUAGCUGCCACAUUUGUGAAUAACUUUCUAAGAUCUGAAGAAUCAUUGAAGAGUCCUUAUAGAUUUGAAGAUCAUCGAUCGACAUUUAAAUUUGCUGAAGAUUUAGGAAUGGCACCAGGAUCGAUGGUUGGCAGAUUAGGGGAAAGCCUUAUUCCUAAGGGUGACCCUAUGGAAGCACGACUUCAGGAAAUGUUAAGAUAUAAUAUGGAUAAAUAUGCGCAACAAAAUUUAGACACUCUCCACAUAGCUCGUAGAGUUCGAGAACUAUUGUCAAUUCACAACAUCGGCCAAAGACUGUUUGCAAAAUACGUUCUGGGGCUGUCGCAAGGGACUGUUUCGGAACUUUUAUCUAAACCUAAACCCUGGGAUAAGUUGACUGAAAAAGGAAGAGACAGCUAUAGGAAGAUGCAUGCUUGGGCGUGCGACGAAAACGCUAUACUGCUUUUGAAGAGUUUAAUACCAAAGAAAGGAAAAGACGGAGGCUCUUUACCUUUCGGACGUCCCGAUUCUUCAGAUCUAACCGAGGAAAGAAUAGCUCACAUUUUAAGUGAAGCACACCCUUUUUCACAAAUUAAAACCGAAUCUGAUACUCAUAGUAAUGAGGAUUCAAAGUCACCUCACGGAUGUAGCAGCCCGUUUUCAAAAGAAUCUUCGUUGAGCAAACGAUUGAAAAAAUACGAAAACGAUGACAUUUCACAAGAAAAAGUCGUAAGAAUUUAUCAAGAAGAAUUGGCUAAGCUAAUGGGUCGAAGAAUGGAAGAUAUGAGGAGCCCUAGAGAUGGAUUUCCACAGGGUAUGUUUCUUCCUCAAUUCUUUAGCAACCAUACCUUGGACAGAACCGAUGAUAUCAGAAUGGCACUGGAUGCGUACCAUCGAGAACUAGCAAAGCUCAACAACCCUAACCAACCAAAUCAAAUGCCUUUGGGCCUUUUAGCACUUCAACAACAAGCUUUAGCUCAACACCAACAAAAUCAACAACACCAACACCAACAUCAACAACAACAAUCGAAUGGGGGUGUUCAAGAUUUAUCUUUACCAAAAGACAAAAUAAAAAUGGUCAAUGGGAUGGAUGAUAUUAAAGAUAAAGAUGAGGAUUCCAUGUCCAGGCAUUCCGGAAGUGCUUUUAGUUUAGUUAGGCCAAAGAUUGAACCUGGUACGGGGGCUAGUGGGAAUAGUACAGCUUCAAGCCCCUUGGGAAAUUCUAUUUUACCUCCUAUGACUCCAACUAGUGAAGAUUUUACUUCUUCAGCAGCAGCAUCCCCUUUGCAGCGAAUGGCAUCAAUCACAAAUUCACUAAUCUCACAGCCGCCAUCUCAACCUCACCAUUCUAGCAGUCAGCGCCCUCUAAAGGCAGUUCUACCUCCAAUUACCCAACAACAAUUUGAUCUCUACAAUAAUUUAAAUACUGAAGACAUUGUUAAAAAGGUCAAAGAACAAUUAAGUCAGUAUUCGAUAUCCCAAAGACUUUUUGGUGAAAGCGUUUUGGGUCUCAGUCAAGGGUCCGUUAGUGACUUACUAGCCAGACCGAAGCCUUGGCAUAUGCUGACUCAAAAAGGCCGCGAACCUUUUAUCCGAAUGAAGAUGUUCCUCGAAGAUCCUGAUGCCGUACACAAAUUGGUAGCGAGCCAAUACAAAAUUGCACCGGAGAAAUUAAUGAGGACAGGUGGUUACGGCAACGCCUGCGCGACAGUUCUUUCUAAACCUAAUUUACCACCCAAUCCGAAAAUGCUAUCCGAAGCUGCUGGUUUGUUAACGAAAAUUCAGCAAGACAGUCAGAAUCUUUUACCAGCAUCUUUACAAUUAGGCCCACCGCAUCAAGGAGGCCCUCCUCAACCGCCUCCACUAGGUCCACCAGUUGCAGCUCAAAUACCUCAAAGUCAACUUUUGAAUCACUUAGGACUUCCUCCACAUCAUGCCAUAGCUUUGCAAAACCAAGAAUUGUUGAAAAAGCAGCAGCAAAGCAUGCAAGCGGGACACGGCAUUCCCACUCAUUCUCCCAUGGGCCACCAAGGCAUGAGGAAUAUGCACCAGCACAUGAGUCCAAGUGUUUAUGAAAUGGCCGCUCUCACUCAGGAUUUGGAUACGCAAGUUAUCACAACGAAAAUUAAAGAGGCGCUUUUGGCUAAUAAUAUUGGACAAAAGAUUUUUGGUGAAGCUGUGCUGGGCCUCUCACAAGGUUCCGUAAGUGAACUCCUCUCUAAACCAAAGCCUUGGCAUAUGUUGUCAAUUAAAGGCCGUGAACCUUUCAUACGAAUGCAGUUAUGGCUUCAGGAUACUCACAAUAUUGACCGACUUCAAGCUCUUAAAAACGAACGACGCGAAGCUAACAAACGACGACGCAGCUCUGGGCCCGGCCACGACAAUUCCAGCGACACUUCCAGCAACGAUACCUCAGAAUUCUAUCAUUCGAAUAGUCCCGGACCUCAAGGACCUCCAAAUGCCAAAAAACAACGAGUUCUUUUCAGCGAAGAACAAAAGGAAGCCUUGAGGCUCGCGUUUGCCCUGGAUCCGUACCCCAACGUUGCCACUAUCGAGUUUUUGGCUCAGGAAUUGAGUUUGAGUAGCAGGACUAUUACAAAUUGGUUCCAUAAUCAUCGCAUGAGACUGAAACAGCAAGUGCCGCAUGGUAUCCAGUCAGAUAUUCCUCCACGUGACCCGAACGCGUCUCAGCAACCCUUCGACCCUGUUCAAUUCAGGAUGCUACUAAACCAAAGACUUAUGGAGCUUAGUAAAGAACGAAUGGGACUCUCUGGAGUGCCGCUUCCUUACCCACCAUAUCUAGCCGCUAACACCAGCUUGGCGGCCCUUAUAUCCAGAGGGCUCCUACCUACCGCCGAUCUCAGCGACCUCUCAGCUCUUAACAAUGCCGUGAAAGAACAAAUGAGCGGCUUGGACCUGAGUAUGACCUCCCUGAAACGUGAACCUAACGAAUUCGAGGAUGAUGAUGAUAUGGAGUCGAAUGCAGGUUCUGAAGACUCGAAUAUUUCGGGUAGUAUACAAGAUGACGCUAAGAAUGAAGUAGGCAAAGAGCAAAAUGUUUCUAAUGCCAGUCUGAAUCAGGGACGAUCUUCUCGGAGAAAACCGGCAGCUCCGAUGUGGGUGAAUCCGCAUUGGGAGGAAGAGAAAAUCAGCCAGAGUCAGCAGAAAAGCCAAAGUAAUCAGGAUGAAGUUAUCAUUAAUGGGGUCUGCGUAAUGCAAACCGAAGACAAUUUCAAUCCUCGACGGCCCUCUACAGAGGAAACGAUCCGAGUUGAACCUCAAGCUGUGAUGGAUCGGUAUGAUGACGAUCGGAGCGAGACGAGUAGCGUGAGCCACGACGCCAGUCAAGAUCAAAUUCACGAGAGUGACAAUAGACCUGAAGAUGGCGAAAGUCAUGCUGAAAAUAUGGAAACGUCUGAAGGUGACAGUGAAAGGAAAGAAGCCAAAACGGAAAACGAGGAUGAAAGAUGGGAAUAUUGAGAAACCAAAUGAGUUGUGUAUUAUAGUGAAUAUGUGUGAUCAAAUUCCUCAGUGAAUUAAAUUAUUAUUAUUGAAGCCAAAAAUUCAAACUUUCUUUAAAAAAUGAUUUUGGGACAAUUGAAUAAUAAUGGUACUUUUUGAAUCCUUGCUUUUGGACUCUAUGAUUGAGAUUGGGUUUUAAAAAGUAACUUUUUGUAAAAUAUAUUAUUUUAAACAAAGUGCAAUCAUCCAAAAUGUUUGGAUUAAAAACAAAAGUUGGAUUUAUAGUAUUAUGACUUGAAAACAAAGAAUAUUUAUGAGAGAAAUGUGAUGUUUUUAUUUAAUUUUUUUUUAUUAGUACAUACUAAGAUUUUGUUAUAUUUCCAAUUUAUUGUAAAAACUAUUAUGCUAAAAAAAUCAUAUGUCUUGCCAAGUUUUAAAAAGAUUUAAUAAUUGUUAUUUUUUUAUUAUACAACAAGCAUUUAUAAGAAAAAUCGGUUUGUAUAUAGGAAAAAUAACAAAAAACUUGUUUUUCAAUCAUUUUUUUAAUAUUAUCAAUUAUCAUUAAUUAAUUGUACUAUACAUUAUUAGCAAUUUUAGUAGUUAAAAAAAGACUGUUACCCGUUAUAAAAUGAUUAAAAACGAAAAAUGGAAAAAAAUUAAAAAGUUUUUAGUCCGUACUUUUAAAAUUUAAGGCUAAAAUGUUUUAAACAUUUUGUGAUAUAAACUUGAUAAGUUUUCAAAUAUUUUUUUUUAUUUAAUUUUUUUUAACAUUUCUCGUGCUUUUUGAAAUUUGUUUGCAAUUUUUCGCAAAUUGAUACAACUGAUGAAGGCCAAAAAUUGUUUUUUGCUUUUGAAGAAAGUAUCUGAUCUUUAUUCGAUCCUCAUUUCUUAUUUUAAUUUAAAUUUAAUCUGAGUCCUUGGAUACAGAGAGUCUUGGCAAAAAGCGUUUACACUUGUUAAAAAUACGUUCUGUAGGUAUAGUUAUUUUAAAUUGCGAAUCAUUACUACAUCGUGCACGAUGGAAACCCUUUAUUUUUGCAAAAUUAUAUAUCUAUUAAACAAAUCAGAGAAGACACUCUUUUCACACCAACAAAAGGGACAACGGAACUUUCUAGUUUCACAUAGAACAAAAAGUUUCCAAAAACAAAAUUUAAAUAACCAUGCCUACAAUAAUUAAGUUAUUUUUUAGAUGUAAAAAAAACUACUUUCUAUACCAUAUUUUCCCCAAAGUUUUGUAAAUAAUUAUCGCAAUCAAAAAUAAAAUGAUAAUAGGGCACUAUUGUUAAGUCUUUUAAAAAUAGAACCGAAAAUUUUAAUUUUGAAAUUUUUUUUUUCAUAAAAAUAGUCUAGUCUACAAACACAACAAAAAAGGGCAUAUAAUAUUUAUAAACAAAAUAGUAUAAUAUUAUUAUAAAUGACAAAAAACGGCCAGUAAAUCAAACUUUUAUAAUAAAAAUAUGUAUGUAAUAAUUUUCUCAAUAAAUUCAAUAUUUAAGAUCUCAUUUUUAUAUUUCACACACGAAGAAUAUAGCUUUAAUUUUCCCAAAAAAAAAAAAUGUAAAAUAGAGUGUUUGAACAUAUCGUUAAAUUUAAGUAACUAUUUUAAAAUACAUACUAUAUUAACGCAGUUCUCUCAGUCCACAAAGAAUUUAACAGAUUGUUGUUGAAUAUUUUUUUUUUUUUGUAAUGUUUAUUGUUUUGGCACCUGAAAACGCAACUACUUGUGCAAUAUUAGAUUUUUUCAAAUUCCACGCUCAGUUUUUUAUUUAAGGUUUUCUAUAGAAAUAAAUUAAUGUGUUCUAUAAUCUCAAAAGUGAUUAUUCAAAAUUCUGUACUCAAUGUACCAAAAACAUUUAAAUUGUAAAAACUCAAGAUACGUAAAUUUUCUGUCUGAAACAGAGACAUGAAUUAUAUUUAGCAAAACAUUGUAUAAAAAUGCACAUUUUUAAAGAAAUCCAUUGUAGAAUUUUAGCGAAAAAUAUUAGUUUUCCUUGUUCUGAUGACUUUACUGUUAAUUAUAUUUUUUCAUUAUGUAUUUUUUUAUUUUCAUCCUUUUUUAGUUUCUAUUGUUAGAAACUUGUUGCACUUAUAUUAAAAUAUUAAAGUUUACAAAACCAUACGUAACAAAGAAAAAUUUAAAACGUUACAUAAUAUUUAGGCCUAAUUACUGAAAAUAAAUGUAUUUAAUGUUUAGAUGUGUAAAACAACUAUUAUUAUUAUUAUUAUUAUUAAGAAAAACUUUAAUAUUUUAAUAGAAGCGUUUGACGAAGCUACAUAAAGGAUGAUUAUUUUUUGAUUACUCAUUUUAUUGAAGCUGUUUCACACUUAUUGUAGAGAGUUUUUAAGUCUGUAAGAUGUCUUGUUUUUAUUGAUGAUUUUUACCCCUUGUACAUAAUUAUACCAUAUCAACAUUGAAAAUUUCUAAAUUAAAAUUUUUCUCUGUAUUUAA